AUGGCGAACAGGCAACCGGAUUUAGACCCUAAAGUGUUGACCAUUGCAGACCUCCUGGUCGAAGGACAGAAGAAUGUCACGUUUGCAAGCAAGGAAUACUUCAACGGAGGCGCUGGGGAGAUGAUUACGGUCCGCGACAACGAAGAUGCAUACAACCGGUACAAGCUCCGCCCGCGUGUCCUGCGUGAUGUCGACGGUGUCGACAUGACAACGACCAUCUUUGGCGUCCAAGUCGCUGCUCCCCUGGGGUUUGCUCCGUCAGCCGCUCAUAAACUCGCCCAUCCGGAUGGCGAGUUAGCGACGUCGCGAGCAGCGGCAAAAAACAACAUCCCUAUGUGCUUGUCGUCUUACGCUAGCGUGGCGCUGGAAGAGGUCAAAGCAGCCGGCGGCUCGAAUCCUCACGCUAUGCAAAUCACCUUUGUUCGAGACCUCGAAGCAACGAAAGAGCAGAUCAGUCGCGCUGAACGCGCUGGGUACCACGCCAUCUUCGUCAGUGUCGACCUCCCAAUUCUGGGGAGACGACUCAAUGAGUCCCGAAACAACUUCUCUUUUCCUGCCGGCUUGGAGUUUCCAAACAUCCGGUCUCGUCCCACUGAGAGCGACACCAACGGUCUGAUUACCACCAGCAGCCUAGACUAUGGCAAUUUAGACCCGAGCAUCACGUGGGAAAAGGCCAUUCCCUGGCUUCGCGCCCAAACGAAGAUGGAAAUCUGGCUCAAAGGGAUUUACACCCCCGAAGACGUAGCCAUGGCCAUUUCUCACGGCCUCGACGGGAUUAUCAUUUCGAAUCACGGUGGUCGUCAACUGGACGGCGUCCCGGCAACAUUGGAUGCAUUGCGUGACUGUGCCCCUGUUGCGGAAGGCAAGAUUGCCAUCGCCAUUGAUGGUGGCAUCAGGCGAGGGGCCGAUUUGUUCAAAGCGAUUGCCCUGGGGGCUCAAUUCUGCUUCAUCGGCCGAGUCGUGAUUUGGGGUCUUGCUUACAAUGGCGAGAAAGGUGUGGAUCUUGCCGUCAAGAUCUUGCUUGAUGAACUCAGACAGACUAUGAUGCUUUGCGGUUGCCACUCCAUUCGCGACAUUACGAAGAGCCAUCUCUCUGUCCUCCAACGCAAUGGAAGAUUGUCCAAACUGUAG